UUGUCACGGUAUUAGAAUUGUUUGAAAUGGAUAUUUUAAGAGACGAUGAAGUACAUGCGAUGAAAUACAAACCAGGGGGGCGUUUGGAUAUGAGCCACGGCUUCCUGCACCAUAUCCGGAGGAACCAGAUUGCUAGAGAUGACUAUGAUAAGGAGGUGAAGCAAGCCAAAGAGCUUCAGCGUCGGAGGCACACCACAACCCCUAGACGACCCCGCCGACCAGAUAUCCAAGUAUACCAUCCUCGACGCAGACAUGGGUCUGAGCCAGGGGCCGGUGCUGAGGCUGAAGAGUGGAAUGAGAGUGGGUCAAGCACCGAGACGGAGACCCACGGAACUGAACUCUUCUGGCUCGACUAUCAGGCGGACUCUGGUACCAUUACCUCCUUCCUCGUGCACAAGGAGGACAAGCCCGAGAAGGUGGUUGAACGUGUUGCAGAGAAGAACAUCCUGGACUCAGCCAUGAGGGCAGCUCUAGAGGCUCGAAUUCGAAAAGAAAUAGACAAAAGACGAAACAAAAGCUGAGGGAUAUUCUCAAAAAAUAGAUUGUGAUGACAGAGGGGCUACAGACAAAGAGGUGCAAUACUUUUUUGCAGUUCUGCACUCCUUCAAAGCAUAUAUGCUAUUGAUAGUGUGGAGGACACAAGGAGGACUCUGGGAUCAUUUACAGUGACUGUCAGCAAAGAUCCAACUUUUGUCCGCAAUCAAAGCCAUCUUAUGUUUUUAAAGGAGGAGAAACAGCACUUAUCAUAGACAGUAGGGUUGGGAGCGAAUAGUCAGUUUCAUGUUUACUACAUUUUAUUCACGUUGGACCUUGUGAUACCUCAUGCCCUCAUCAAUAAUUUUAGGGAUACUUCAAGUUGACAGGACCUAGAAAAUUGUGUUGUUGCUUGCUUUCUGCUUUCCAACAAUUAAAUUGGGAGAAGAAAUUAGGAGAAGAUGCUCUUCGACAGAGUGCAUGGUUAGCGUUCCUCCUCCAUUUAAACAUAUCCCAAGUUUCUUGUGUGAAUAUCUAGUUUUUAUAAACAGAAAUAUACUUGUUUUGUAAAAUGCUGUGAACAGAGCAUCAGUCUGUCAGCGAUCUCAUGCUUUACAAAUUUAAAAACAAAUUUAUUUUUGUUUCUUUUUGAGUUGGAGAGUAACCUUGAUGAUGUGUUUGUGUGACAAUGUUUGUUGUGUUUUCAGUAUUUUUAUUUAUUUUUGGUUGUUGAAAUAUGUUUAUUUUUGAUACUGUAAUAUUUUUUGAAGAAAUAACACUUUACAUAUAAAAUAACAUGCUUAAAAUCCAUUUAUUACUGUCAAAUGUGUCUGGAUUUGCACUUAUAGAAUUGAGUAGCCAUAAAAUGUGUUUUUUGUUUUCUAAAUGUCUGGAUAUGUUAGAAAAACACUCACAUCUGUGUGGAAAAACAAUAGAUCAACAUACAUUACCCACUUUGAUCACUUGUUGAAAAAUGUAUCGGUGGAAAUACGUAUAGUAUUGGGUUACAGCAAAAUAUCAGUCGACAGAAGUGUUUCACAUCAUGUCCAUCAGCAGGUGGCAGUAUGAGUCAGCUUUUCAACUCUGCAAGCCGGUCUUUUAUCUGUCUCAACUUAUAUUUUACGUUAAGUCAGACUUUGUUCCUUCAUCCAUAACAGUGUGUUCUGAUUAUAAAGACAAAUGGCCAAA